AGAGUACAGAUCGGAGGUAUCCGGCUGACACUCGCCCGGCGACCAGCCAAAACCGGGAGGCACGAGCGCGCACUACAACUACCAUAAGGCCCCGCUUCCUGGAGCCCGAGUCGCGGCGCGCAGCGCACGCCGGGAGUCGGCCUAAGCCGCCAAGAUGUCGCAGCCCAAGAGAAGAAAGCUUGAGUCGGGGGGCGGCGGCGAAGGAGGGGAGGGAACUGAAGAGGAAGAUGGCGGAGAGCUGGAGGUGGCUGUGCCGCGACCCCGGAGGACUAGGCGGGAGCGGGACCAGCUGUACUACCAGUGCUACUCGGACGUGUCGGUCCACGAGGAGAUGAUUGCCGACCGCGUCCGCACCGAUGCCUACCGCCUGGGCAUCCUGCGGAACUGGGCAGCGCUGAGAGGCAAGACCGUGCUGGACGUGGGCGCGGGCACCGGCAUCCUCAGCAUCUUCUGUGCCCAGGCCGGAGCCCGGCGCGUGUACGCGGUGGAGGCCAGCGACAUCUGGCAACAGGCCCGGGAAGUGGUGCGGCUCAACGGGCUGGAGGACCGGGUGCACGUCCUGCCGGGACCAGUGGAGACGGUGGAGCUGCCGGAGCAGGUGGACGCCAUCGUGAGCGAGUGGAUGGGCUGCGGGCUUCUGCACGAGUCCAUGCUGAGCUCCGUGCUCCACGCGCGGACCAAGUGGCUGAAGGAAGGCGGUCUCCUCUUGCCGGCUUCCGCCGAGCUCUUCGUGGCGCCCAUCAGCGACCAGAUGCUGGAGUUGCGCUUAAGCUUCUGGAGCCAGAUGAAGCAACUCUACGGCGUGGACAUGAGCUGCCUGGAGAGCUUCGCCACGCGCUGCCUCAUGGGCCACUCAGAGAUCGUGGUGCAAGGCCUGUCCGGCGAGGAUGUGCUGGCCCGGCCGCAGUGCUUUGCUCGGCUGGAGCUGGCCCGCACCGGCCUGGAGCAGGAGCUGGAGGCCGGGGUGGGCGGGCGCUUCCGCUUCAGCUGCUACGGCUCGGCUCCUAUGCACGGCUUUGCCAUCUGGUUCCAGGUAACCUUCCCCGGAGGGGACUCGGAGAAACCCGUGGUGCUCUCCACCUCGCCUUUCCACCCCGUCACGCACUGGAAACAGGCGCUCCUCUACCUGAACGAGCCGGUGCAAGUGGAGCAAGACACCGAUGUUUCCGGAGAGAUCACGCUGCUGCCCUCCCAGGACCACCACCGUCACCUGCGCGUGCUGCUGCGCUACAAAGUGGGCGACCAGGAGGAAAAGACCAAAGACUUUGCCAUGGAGGACUGAGCGUGGUCGUCUGUCCCAGCUACCUCCCAAGGCGGCGGGCUGGAGGAGUAAGGGAGAUUCCACGUGCAAGUGUUUGAAAGUAUGAGCAUGGCUGUAUAUGAUAAGCAGUGUGACUCUGGACACCACAUGAUCCAAAAGAAGCCCAAACCCUGGAAGUGAUGAUACUUCAAGAAGGAUGAAGGAUGAGAUCGUGAGAUGCACCAUCAUUCAGGCACUGUCCAGACUCUGUACGAGCUGGUACAGAAUCCUUAGGGUCAUUUGGGCAACAGGAAGGAACUACCAACCCUAAGGAGAGAAAAACAAGAUUAAGUUUUACCUGCUUCCCUCAAAUAGCUUACAUUUAUUUAGCACUGUGAAACUUUCCAGCUAUUUCCAUUAACUCACUGGACCAAUGGACAUGUAUUGAGUAUUCAGUAUAUUAGUCAUUGUGAUAAGCACUUAGGAUAGAAGCCAGUAAAACAUCGUUUCUAUCUCUAGUAGGUAUAAUAUGUUCACAGAAUAAACCAGUAAGUAAAAAAUAAUGGGCCAAAGACUAGGAUGGUAUAGGUGUUACGGUGGGCAGGUAAUUAUCUUCACCUUACAUACUAGGAAAAAAGUUAACACAUUUUGAAGAAUUUAGCCUAAGACUAUACAGCUAAUUCUUGACAACUGAACACAAGUUUUUCAAUUCCUAACCCCCAAACAAUCCCAAGUUUAAGGAAGUCCCACUGGAGCUCUUAUCUCAUGGGCCUCGAAGAGCCACCUUCACUAUAUAGGAUCUUCAGCUUGAUAGGUCCUAGACACUCAACAAAGGAUUCCCUGAUGCCAUUUCCCUAUGUGUGUCCAUGUGUUCUCAGUCCUGUCUGACUCUCUGCAACCUCAUGGACUGUAGCCUGCCAGGCUCCUCUGCCCAUGAGAUUCU